CCUGAACAGAAAGGAAGUCCAAAGAGAGCAGAACAAGAUAACGCAUGUCAGCAAUAUUGAUUUCACAACAGAAAGGAAGUCCACAAUAUAUAGUUUAUUGAGAAUUACAUCACAGAAUGGACAUUUUAAGUAAUAUUUUUAGGGUUUCCAUGAAUAUAUAUAGACAUGCAGGCAUAUCCCUGCUCAGAUAUAGGAGAUUUGUGAUAGUGGGAAUAAGUGUUUUAACAAAUGGCAAGUGCAGAGAUGGUCUGUGUUACUAAGCCCAGAGUUGAUGCAGUGGAGAUAUUGGUAGAGAAAGGGAUCACAAGCAUCCCUGAAAAGUUUAUCAGGCCUCCAGAAGAACGUUUCACAUCUCCUACUCCAAGUGAGUAUGGAGAAGAGCAAGUCCCUGUCAUAGACUUGCAAGGCCUCAACUGUUGUGAGGGGAGUGUAGAGAGAGAAAAGGUGUUGAAGCAGCUGGCUUAUGCCUGUGAGGAGUGGGGUUUCUUUCAGAUUGUGAAUCAUGGGAUUCCAGAGUCUCUCAUGGAGGCCAUGAUGAAUGUGAGCAAGGCUUUCUUUGGUCUGAGUGUGGAAGAGAAACAAGCUUAUGCUGCCUUGCCUGGUUUGAUCACUCAGGGGUAUGGGAGUAAGUAUAUAGCAAGGGAGGGUGCAACCAGAGAUUGGAGAGACUUUGUCUAUCUUUUUCUACAGCCUCACUCCAGAAGAGAUUAUGCUUAUUGGCCUUCUGAUCCUUCUGAUUUCAGAGAGGUUGUCUACAAUUUUAGCGAGGAGACCUUAAAAUUGGCUAAAAGUUUAUUGGGAGCAUUCUCUUUAAACUUGGGACUUCCUCAAAAUUAUCUGGAAACAUUCAUUGUGCAACCUUAUCAAAAUAUGCUCAUCAAUUACUACCCUCGCUGCCCUGAACCAGAACUCACAGCUGGCUUUUAUGCACAUUCAGACAUUGGCAUGGCCACAUUGCUUCUACAAGAAACAGGCUCUAAAGCCCUUCAGAUUAGAAAGAAUGAUAAGUGGAUUCCUGUGUUAGCAGCACCUGGUGCUUUAUUAGUCAAUAUAGCUGAUCAAAUAGAGAUCAUCAGUAAUGGGAGAUACAAGAGUAUUGAACAUAGAGUUGUGGCUGAUAAAGAUUAGCCAAGAGUAUCCAUUCCAGUUUUUUGUGAUGCUGCCCCAGAUGCCAUCAUUAAACCUGCCCCAGAACUCUUGGGGAGAAGGAUAGUUAAUGAAGCUACAAAGGUUGGAGAAGAGAUGAAAGAAAAUGCCAAGUAUACCAGUAUCGUUUUUAAGAACCAUGAAAUUGCUUUCUACAAAGAUGGUGCAGACAGCAAGAAGUAUGUCCAAUCAUACAUGUUGCAGGCUUAAAGGCUCAUAAAACUUUAAUCUUAUAGAUAAUAUUAUAAUGAGUGUCAUGUAGUGGUUAGUCAAAGUUUGGGUUUUUUUUGGGUUAAGAAUGCUUAAGUUUAAGUUUUGAUGGUGGAUUUAUAAGUGCUACUCUUAAAGAC